AUGGCCCUCUACUGCGGUGACAAUUUCGGCGUGUACUCGCAGCCCGGCCUGCCCCCGCCCGCCGCCGCCGCCGCCCCGGGCGCACCGCCUACUGCCAGGGCGCCCUACGGGCUGGCCGACUACGCCGCGCCGCCGGCGGCCGCCGCCAACCCCUACCUGUGGCUCAACGGGCCCGGCGUGGGGGGCCCGCCCGCCGCCGCUGCCUACCUCGGCGCCCCGCCGCCGCCACCACCCCCCGGGAGCGCGGCCGGGCCCUUCCUGCAGCCGCCGUCAGCCGCGGGCACCUUCGGCUGCGCGCAGCGACCCUUCGCGCAGCCCGCGCCCGCCGCGCCCGCCUCGCCCGCGGGCCCCGCGGCGACCGGCGAACUGGGCUGGCUGUCCAUGGCCAGCCGCGAGGACCUCAUGAAGAUGGUGCGGCCGCCCUACUCGUACUCGGCGCUCAUCGCCAUGGCCAUCCAGAGCGCGCCCGAGCGCAAGCUCACGCUCAGCCACAUCUACCAGUUCGUGGCCGACAGCUUCCCCUUCUACCAGCGCAGCAAAGCCGGCUGGCAGAAUUCCAUUCGCCACAACUUGUCGCUCAACGACUGCUUCAAGAAGGUGCCCCGCGACGAGGACGACCCAGGGAAAGGUAAUUACUGGACCCUGGAUCCAAACUGUGAGAAAAUGUUUGACAACGGCAACUUCCGUCGGAAGCGGAAGCGCCGCUCUGAGGCCAGCAGCAGCAGCUCCACGGUGGCCGCAGGGACAUCGAAAUCAGAAGAAGGGCUCUCCUCAGGAUUGGGGGCUGGAGUGGGAGGGAAGCCAGAAGGAGACAGCCCCUCCUCUUUGCUAAGGCCUUCCCAGUCCCCGGAGCCUCCAGAGGGCACCAAGAGUACUGGCUCAUCUCCAGGAGGAUCCAUGCUCACCUCCAACCCCUGCCUCAACACCUUCUUCAGCAGCCUCAGCACCUUAAGCGUCAGCAGCAGCGGGAGCACCCAGCGAGCUCAUCCUGGCAGCCGCCACCUAGGGAUCCAGGGGACCCAGCUGCCCUCCAGCAGCUCAUUCUCCCCCAGCUCUAUCUCAGAGGCCUCACCAGACACUCUGCAGCUGAGUAACAGCACCAGCAAUAGCGGCAGCCAAAGGGCUUCCUAUUACAGCCCUUUCCCUGCCAGCACCAGUGGGGGCCAGAGUAGCCCCUUCAGCAGCCCUUUCUACAACUUCAGCAUGGUCAACAGCCUCAUCUACCCCCGGGAGGGCUCCGAAGUGUAG